GAUGUCCUUUCAAAAUUCCUUUUUCUAUCUACAAGAAUAAUUUUCCACAUCCUUCCCCUUGUUCAUUAGUUUCCUUCUGCACCCUCUCCAUACAUUACUCACUCAUAUCCGUUCUGGUUCUGCCUUCAACACAAGCAACACACCAUAUUCUCCAAUUCUAAUGCUGUAAAACUUGCAUCCAUGCGUGCAGCAAGGGGCUCUGCCUCUGCUUUUGUACUCCCUCUCUCUGUUCUCCCUACCUCACUAUGACUGAUCUUCUGGCCACAAACCCUCUUACCAUUUCAGCUGCAGAAUCUCCAAGAUACCCAUUUCUCAAUUCAUGCUCAAAUAGAACUCAACUCAUCCCAAAUUCCCGUGUCUCCUUUUCUCCCAAACCAUUCAAAACCAGCUGCAAUAACAACAGGGGCGUCUCUUUGGCACUGAGCUCGCGGUCGAAUGAAGGCCCAUCAAGGGGUCACGGCUUUUACAACGAACUUGAGUUUGAGGACAUAAAGGAGAAGACUUUAGGGUUGGAGAGAAACCCUGUUGUUGGUGAAGAUUCCCCCCCGGAAACUGGGUCUCUCUCAUUUGAUGGGGUGGAAGGUGUUGACGAUCAUGAUAAGGGAGAGGAUGAUUUGGUUAGGGUUCAGGGCGAUGGGGAUGGGGAUGUUUUGAAGAAAGAGGAUGAUCAAGGUGAGAUUGAGAAUUUUGGAGGGAAACUCAGAGUGAGAAGAGGUAAACAGGUAGUGAGAAGGUCGAAUUUGUUGGCCAAGCAGGUGAUCAGCAUUCGCUCUGCCCUUAGCUUGGGGUUUGUCUCGCAGCUUUGGGUGGACACCACCUCUUGGAUGGUGUUGUUUGUGGAGGUGCGGCCAAACUUGCUUUCUGGGGAUUCAGAAAAAUUCCUUCUGGAGGAUAUUAGUCAGGUUGGAGAUGUUGUCCUUGUCCAGGAUGAAAGUGUGAUAGACAAUGAAUUUAAAAUGAUUGGAUUGGAGACACUGGUUGGAUACAAAGUUGUAACACCCUCUCGACGGAAUAUUGGAAAGGUGCGUGGCUACACUUUCAGCAUCAAUUCAGGUGCUGUUGAAGAACUUGAACUUGAUUCAUUUGGGCUAUCCAUCAUUCCAUCAAGUUUGGUGAGCACCUACUCUUUGUUGGUUGAGGACGUACUGGAAGUAGUAUCUGAUGCAAUUGUUGUGCAUGAAGCUGCAGCUUUACGUAUUCAAAGGCUUUCUAAGGGUUUUUUGGGCAACCAGAAUGUGAGAAUUUCCGUGGAUGAUGAUGAAGACUAUGACUCUGAACAAUCUGAGACGUAUGGUCAUAUUUCAAAGAGGAGAAAAAGUUUUGGAAGAAAGAAAACUCAAAGAGAUUGGGAUGAUGAAGAUAAUUGGGAGCUUCCAAUGGACUAUCUCUGAUUCUCAUGGAUUUUAUGCUAAAUUUUAUGUAUAACACUUUUUUUUUAUAUAUAAAAAUAGUGAAAGUUUAAAUAAGCAUAUUAAAAACACCAAGAGGUUUUUCUUUCUCUUUCCUUUUUGGUAGCAAGUGGCUUGCAUUUGUACAGUUAGUUUCAAUGAAUUUUUAGUUUUUUUUUCUAUAUUUAUUUUAGCAACCUUUAACUUGUAUUGCCUAUUCAUAGAUAGAUUUAUCUAUAUUUAAUGAUAUGCAAUUUUCUUUAGUUUGACAAA